AAGCUAGAUUUAUACGUGUUGAACAACAUGGCAGCGUUAAUGAAAAAGUCGUUCUUGACGUGAAUUGUGACUUGGGAAUAAUUAAAGAGGAGGUGAAUAGUGAUGAUUGUAAAAAGAAUGAGUCAAUAUGUUAA